AUGGCGGAACUCAAGCAGAACCACUCCCUUCUCAUCCGCCUGGGCCUCUCUUCCGACAACCACGCCAUCUCCCCUCUCAUCAUCUUCUCCUCCCUCUCUCCACACGGCGAUCUCCGCUACGCUGCCACCCUCUUUUUCACCCUCACAGACCCUGACACCUUUCUCUUCAACACUCUUAUCAGAGCCUUCUCCCUCUCCCAAACCCCCUCCAUUUCCUUCCUCUUCUACUCUGACAUGCUCUAUCGCGCUCUCUCACCCAACAACUUCACCUUCCCAUCUCUCAUCAAAUCCUCAUCACCAUCCGCUAUAAUUCACCAUGGCAGACAGGUCCAUGCCCAUGUUCUCAAGUUUGGGUUUGGGUCUGAUGUUUAUGCUCUCAAUGCCUUAGCUCAUAUGUAUGUUAUUUUUGGUUUGUUGGGUGAUGCAAGGAAGGUGUUUGAUAGAAUGCCUGUGAGGAUCGUUGUGUCUUGGACUAUUAUGAUUUCUGGGUAUGCUCAAUGGGGCUUGUGGAUGAGGCUCUCACUGUUUUCGAGCUCUUGCCACAAAAGAAUUAUGUUGCUUGGAAUGUUGUCAUUGCGGCUUUCGUUGGCAACAAUCGAUUUCGAGAGGCUUUUGGUUUGUUUCAUAGGAUGA